UCCGUCGGAAGCCAGGCGCGGGUAGUAGCUAACGCUAUGUGGACAAGUAGCGUUAAAGUUUAAAAAGCUAGCGUCAAAGGUAUUCUGUCACUGAAUUUGCUGAGUUUUAUUUAUUUCUUUUCACGUUGUUUGUAUUCUCACUCUCGGGAAGCGCAGUGCAGAUGACAUACCGUAGCUUAUAUACGUAUAUUUCCGUUUUGGAGGUGCGCAAAAUGGCUAAACUAGCUAGCUAGGAUAGUUAGAAUAGCAAGGGAAUUUUAACAAUAACAAAGGCAACACGAACCCUGUCAGUCUAAAUUGUGAAACGAUUGUUUUCUUUCGGAGGGGGUAACUUUACACCAAAUGCAAAGGUAUGUAGGUUAAAAAUGUAUCUGGUGUUGUAUCUUUGCGGUCGGUUCAUUAGCUAGAGCAGUGGAAGUCCUGCAGUGAAACCUGUCUGGGUGGUUGAGGCGAAACCACAGCGGAUUUGUGUCUUGUUGCUCACACACCAGCCACAUUAAGAACCUGGCAGCGGAUCAGAAGAUUUAGUCCGCCAAGAUACGUUAGCCCCAGCACUGUCCUCCAGAAUGGCUCCUUUCUCCUCUUUCUCAUGCUGUCGUUGCCGCUGCCGUUCCCGGCUGUGCUCACGCUCUUCAGUUUACACCCUAGCUUUGGGCUUGGGAUUUGUCGUCCUGGGGACCAGUCGCAUCCUUUUGCUUAAAUUCUCUGCCAAUGAAGAUAACAAGUAUGAUUUUAUCCCUGCCUCUGUGAAUUUAAUGGCAGAAGCCAUCAAACUGGUCUUGUGUUUAGUGAUGUCACUGCGAGUUAUCAUUCGAGAGGGUCGCUCAUAUAAAGAUUUGGGCUGCUCCUCUGGUGCCUCUUUUCUUAGCUGUCUAAAGUGGGCAGUCCCUGCAUUCCUGUACUUCCUUGACAACCUCAUUAUCUUCUAUGUGAUGACCUACCUGCAGCCUGCUAUGGCAGUAUUGUUUUCCAAUGUCGUUAUUCUCACAACAGCCAUUCUGUUUCGGGUUGUUCUGAAGAGGCGCUUGUCCUGGGUGCAGUGGGCUUCCCUCGUGAUUCUCUUCCUCUCCAUCGUGGCACUGACUACCAGCACUGGUGCCGACCAGCAAACCUUGCACGGCCUGCACCCGGCACAUGCCUCUGGCCAGUCUGACAGCUGCCUGAACUCCAGUGGCGUGGAGGUGGCGCACAGCAACCACAGCGGCCCCCCCGGCUGGGCCGACAAGCUCUGGGACAGCCGGCUCCUGCAUCUGCGGCGCGGCUCGGGCCUGGGCUACGCCCUACUGCUGCUCCAGUGCUUCACAUCGGCGCUCGCCAACAUUUACAACGAGAAGAUCCUGAAGGACCGCGACCAGCUCACCGAGAGCAUCUUUGUGCAGAACAGCAAGCUGUACGUGUUCGGCCUGGCCUUCAACGGGCUGACGCUGGUGCUGCACGGCGAGUCCCGAAUGCGGACACUCCGCUGCGGCCUGCUGCACGGCCACAGCCUGUGUUCGGCCGCGCUCGUGGUCGUCACGGCCGCCCUUGGCCUCUCGGUCGCCUUCAUCCUCAAGUUCCGCGACAACAUGUUCCACGUGUUGACGGGCCAGCUCACCACGGUGGUGGUCACGGCGCUCUCGCUCUUCCUCUUCGACUUCCGUCCAUCGCCGGACUUCUUUCUGCAGGCGCCUGUGGUGCUGCUGGCCAUCUUCAUCUACCACAGCAGCAGGGCCAAGGACCCGGAGUUUGCGCUGCAGCAGGAGCGGCUGCGAGUCAUCAAUGGCGAGGUGUUUGAGAGGUCACGAGGGGAUGGGGAGGAGUUGGAGAGACUGACCAAGCCCAACACAGAGAGUGAUUCUGAAGAGUCUUUCUGAGCCUGUGUUGACCUCCCGCCUUCUGUCCUUACUGGGAGUGUAUUUAUAUUUGUGAAAAUGAACACUGAGUAUGGAAUUUGACACUAUAUUUUAUAUAUAUAUGAGAAUGAGUGAGUGAGUGUAUUCAAGCAUUUGGGCAACUUUUCGAAUUUGAGCAAUGGCAUGUCUUUGCUAAGGCUGAAUUAACUUUCUGAAGUGGAUUAUUAAAAAAGUCAAUUGCAAUCUGGUUCAACUAAAAGCAUUCAAAGCUGACAGAUGGAUGUUUGAUGUGCAAGAUGAUGUGCAGGCUUCCUUUAAAAACAUAUAGUGUUGUAAUAUUGCAUCCUCUUGCCCUUCCAUUCCUGCUUCCGAAAUACUGUUGACAACUUGUUUAAUUUACUUGCAUUUUCUUUUUACUGUAAUGGUGGUGGCACAUCAAAGUGGCAAUAACUUCACAAUAAACUUCACACUUUUUUUCAGUCAUUGUUUAAGGCAUUGCUUUCAAAAUGCUGGUUUACAUUAUGCAUGUGUUGGAUGUACUAUUUCGUCUUGCAUCCUUCCUGUUUACAGCAUCCUUUCAGGGGAAUUUUUCGAAAGUCAACAUUGUGCAAUAUUUUAAAAGUUUCUCCACCUCAGAAAAGGCUUGUGUUUUUAUUUGGCACUUUAGGAGAACACUUGAAAUAAAUCUGUUCAUAAAG